AUGUCUCGUCGUCUACUCCUCAUCAACGGUCCCAAUCUCAAUCUUUUGGGCACAAGAGAGCCUCAACUCUACGGCUCGACAACCCUCAAAGAUGUCGAAAACGAUGCAGCAGCACAAGCAUCAAACCUCUCAGCCACUCUACAAUCCUUCCAAGCCAAUUCGGAGGGCGCGAUAGUGGACCGCAUUCACGAAGCGAGAGGCAAUGUCGAUGCGAUUAUCAUUAACGCGGGCGCGUACACACAUACCAGCGUCGCCAUACGAGAUGCACUCGUUGGAGUCGAUAUUCCGUUUGUGGAGGUUCAUAUUACGAAUGUUCAUGCUAGAGAGGCUUUUAGACAUCAUAGUUAUCUGUGUGAUAAGGCGGAGGCAGUUAUUUGUGGAUUGGGAGUUUUUGGGUAUACUGCUGCUAUUGAGUAUGCUGUUAAGCAUUUGAAGUUGAGGACGAAGCUGUAA